UGAUAUAAAGGCAAAAGAUACAGAGGAAGAAGAAGAGACGUAUGUGACUGAUAUAAAGGCAGAAGAUACAGAGGGAGAAGAAGAGACGUAUGCGACUGAUAUGAUGACAGAAGAUACAGAGGGAGAAGAAGAGACGUAUGUGACUGAUAUAAAGGCAGAAGAUACAGAGGGAGAAGAAAAGACAUAUGCGACUGAUAUGAUGACAGAAGAUACAGAGGGAGAAGAAGAGACGUAUGUGAGGGGUGAUCAGCAGUGUAAGGAGGAGGAGAUCCCUACAGAUAUCAGCACAGGAGAUGGACACACAAGCAGGAAUAUCUCAGAAGGACAUCUAAUGUUAUCCCUGGAUUCUGAAAUAACGGAUAAUGACCGUAGACUGGAUUCUCCAGGAGCUAACCCCAUUACCCCAAUUAUUCAUCCAGCUCUAUCAGAUGAUCCCUCUGAUUCUGGGAAAUGUUCUCCUGAUCACUCUGAUAUUGGUGCAUCUGUUACAGCUCUGACAGUAGAUACAGUGUUUCCUUGUUCUAUAGAUGCCAAAUGUUUUACACAGAACACAAACCUUAUUACUCAUCAGCCAGCUAAGGCAGGUGAGAGGCCAUUUCCAUGUUCUGAGUGUGGGAAAUGUUUCGCAUAUAAAUCAGCUUUUGUUACACAUCAGAGAAGUCACACAGGUGAGAAGCCGUAUUCCUGUUCUGAGUGUGGGAAAUGUUUUGCACACAAAUCACAUUUAGUUGUACAUCAGAGAAAUCACACAGGUGAGAUGCCAUUUUCCUGUUCUGAGUGUGGGAAAUGUUUUGCAUGCAAAUCAUAUUUUGUUAUACAUCAGAGAAGUCACACAGGUGAGAAGCCGUAUUCCUGUUCUGAGUGUGGGAAAUGUUUUGCACGCAAAUCACGUUUAGUUAUACAUCAGAGAAAUCACACAGGUGAGAUGCCAUUUUCCUGUUCUGAGUGUGGGAAAUGUUUUGCACGCAAAUCAUAUUUUGUUAUACAUCAGAGAAGUCACACAGGUGAGAAGCCGUAUUCCUGUUCUGAGUGUGGGAAAUGUUUUGCACACAAAUCACAUUUAGUUAUACAUCAGAGAAGUCACACAGGUGAGAAGCCGUAUUCCUGUUCUGAGUGUGGGAAAUGUUUUGCACACCAAUCACAUUUAGUUAUACAUCAGAGAAAUCACACAGGUGAGAAGCCAUUUUCCUGUUCUGAGUGUGGGAAAUGUUUUGCACGCAAAUCACAUCUUGUUAUACAUCAGAGAAGUCACACAGGUGAGAAGCCAUUUUCCUGUUCUGAGUGUGGGAAAUGUUUUUCAUCGACAUCACAUAUUGUUAGACAUCAGAGGAGUCACACAGGUGAGAAGCCGUUUUCCUGUUCUGAGUGUGGGAAAUGUUUUGCAUAUAAAUCAAAUCUUGUUACACAUCAGAGAAGUCACACAGGUGAGAAGCCAUUUCCAUGUUCUGAGUGUGGGAAAUGUUUUACACAAAAAUCAGCUCUUGUUACACAUCAGAGAAGUCACACAGGUGAAAAGCCAUAUUCCUGUUAUGAGUGUAGGAAAUGUUUUCCACGGAAAUCAGCUCUUGUUACACAUCAGAGAAGUCACACAGGUGAGAAGCCGUAUUCCUGUUCUGAGUGUGGGAAAUGUUUUGCAUUAAAAUCUUAUCUUGUUACACAUCAAAAAAGUCACACAGAUGAGAAGCCAUAUUCCUGUUCUGAGUGUGGGAAAUGUUUUGCAUGUAAAUCACAUCUUGUUAAACAUCAUAUAAGUCACAGAGGUGAGAAGCCAUUUCCAUGUUCUGAGUGUGGGAAAUGUUUUACACAAAAAUCAGCUCUUGUUACACAUCAGAGAAGUCACACAGGUGAAAAGCCAUAUUCCUGUUCUGAGUGUAGGAAAUGUUUUCCACGGAAAUCAACUCUUGUUAUACAUCAGAGAAGUCACACAGGUGAGAAGCCAUAUUCCUGUUCUCAGUGUGGGAAAUGUUUUGCAUCAAAAUCAAAUUUUGUUACACAUCAGAAAAGCCACAGAGGUGAGAAGCCAUAUUCCUGUUCUGAGUGUGGGAAAUGCUUUACAUAUAAAUCAGCUCUUGUUACACAUCAGAGAAGUCACACAGGUGAGAAGCCGUAUUCCUGUUCUGAGUGUGGAAAAUGUUUUGCAUGGAAAUCAGUUCUUGUUACACAUCAGAGAAGUCACACAGGUGAGAAGCCGUAUUCCUGUUCUGAGUGUGGGAAAUGUUUUGCAUGGAAAUCAGAUCUUGUUAAUCAUCAGAGAAGUCACACAGGUGAGAAGCCGUAUUCCUGUUCUGAGUGUGGGAAAUGUUUUGUACGGAAAUCAGAUCUUGUCACACAUCAGAGAAGUCACACAGGUGAGAAGCCAUUUUCAUGCUGUGAGAGAAAUAAAUCCGCUCUUGUUGAACAUAUUAGACAUUACCCAAGUCUGUAACCAUUUAAAUCUUCUGGAGUAUAAUUAUCACUGUUGUGCAAUGUUCCUCAAGGGUCAAUCCUAUCUCCUAUGCUUUAUAAAAUAUACAUGCUAC